UCUAUUUUCCCGGCUCCCUCGAAUCCUCUGAUAUCCAAAUUCUUUUCAGGUAACGGUCAAAAGUUUGAGACUUUUCUCUUAAUUAAGCAUAAAAGAGCGAGCUUCUUAUCAUUUAUCUGCUUGGUUUUGCUGUCUUUGACAUAACUUUUUUCGUGGAUGUGACUCUUCAUUUUAGUACCUUCUAAGUUCUACUAGUUGCAAGAGCAGCUUUUCCUAAGUGGCAGUGGCUUAGUUAUGAAGCUUAGGCUUUUACUUUGCUUUUUCUGAGGUCUUAUACUGGAUAAUGCAACUGGGUAUUGCUCUUGGUGCUGGUUAAUUGUUGUCUCAAAGACCUUGUAUUCAAGUGCACAGUUAUAUUUCUGUGCCAUGUCAUUUCUUUACUACUCUACUUUGAGUCCAGUUAUGGGGGAAUCAAUUAAUUUGAAAUGGAAUGGCUUAGCUUGCAAAACUAGAUUUUAUAUGACAAGUAAUUAUGAUUGUAGGGCUUGUUGGAGGAGUUGUCUUUGUAGUUUACACCGUCUUUCAGCUAUGAACAUGAGUAGAGGUUUUAUGGGAUGUGGGAGGCUCUAUGUAGUUUCAACGUCCAUACAGGGAUAUACAUGGUUUAAUUUUGUACAAUAUAAGGUGCAUCAGUUUAGACCGAUAUAUGGAUUCGCCAGAAUGGCAAGUCUGCUAGAUACAUCGGGUUCAGUUGCUAGCAAUGAAUCCGGAUUUGCAUUUGAAGAAAAUGAAGAGCAGGAAGUUAUUCAAAGUCGAAAAGAUGAACUUGAUAUGGAUUCUUUUGAGAAGUAUUUGCCUCCUUGGGGAAAUUUGACAGUUCAUCAGGAACCAGAACUGGAUCCUGCAGGUAUUGUCCAGCCUUCAAUAAGUCCAAGAAAUAAAAUUAGUCUUGAUGAAAGUAGGGUACAUCUCUUAGAAGAAGGGAAUGAAGAAGAGUUAUCAAGAAGGAUCUUGAUGCUUAGCAGAUCCAACAAGGUUAGAAGUGCACUAGAAUUGUUUAGGUCCAUGGAAUUCUCAGGUCUACGACCCAAUAGUCAUGCCUGUAAUUCUUUUAUCUCUUGCCUCUUAAGAAACAAACUACUUGACCAUGCAUUGAGAGUCUUCAAGUUCAUGAAGAGAAAUGAGAUCUCAACAGGUCAUACCCAUACCUUAAUACUAAAAGCAGUUGCCGAUAUACAGGGUUGUGAAUCCUCUCUCUAUAUGUUUGCCAAAUUAGGACUUUCUAGCGAGCAGAAUGAUUUUGAUGUCAUUGUUUAUAACACAAUGUUAUCUAUUUGUGGAAGAGUGAAUAAUUGGGUUGACAUGGAAAGAAUAUGGAGAAGUAUGAAAGAAAAUAGUCACACUGGAACAGAAAUUACUUACUCUCUGUUGGUUAGCAUUUUUGUGCGCUGUGGCCAGAAUGAGCUGGCACUUGAUGCUUACACUGAGAUGCAUCAAAAUGGAAUUAAACCAAGAGAUGACACAUUGCAGGCUGUACUUGCGGCAUUUACAAAGGAAGGGAAGUGGGAAUCUGCUUUAAACGUUUUCCAAAAUAUGUUGAAUCGUGGGCUGAAGCCAAAUCUUACUGCAUGCAAUGCAUUGAUGAAUUCUCUUGGAAAAGCUGGAGAAUACAAACUAGCAUUCAAGGUACUUGAAAAAGUUAAAUCUUUGGGUCACACACCUGAUGCAUACACAUGGAAUGCAUUGCUUAAUGGACUAUACAGAGCAAAUCAACCUGUUGAUGCUCUUCAGCUUUUUGAGAGCAUAAAAAGAGGACAGAGCUCUCAAAUCAAUGAGCAUUUAUACAACACUGCUUUAAUGUCAUGCCAGAAGGUUGGUCUAUGGGACAAAGCUCUUCAGCUACUGUGGCAGUUGGAAUCUUCUGGACUGCCAGUCUCAACUACAUCCUACAAUCUUGUUAUUGGUGCUUGCGAGACUGCCAGAAAGCCAAAAGUUGCAUUACAGGUUUAUCAGCACAUGGUUCACCAGAAGUAUACUCCAGACACAUUUACUUAUUUGUCACUGAUAAGAAGUUGCAUUUGGGCGUCCCUUUGGGAUGAAGUGAAGGACAUUCUAGAGCAAGUUGCACCAGAUGUAUCUCUCUACAAUGCUGUCGUUCAUGGAAUGUGUUUGAGAGGCAAGUUCGAAUCUGCUAAGAAGCUGUACAUGAAGAUGCGGAGGAGUGGGCUCAAACCUGACGGGAAGACAAGGGCAUUGAUGCUUCAGAACCUGAAAAGGGGUGCAACUAAAAGGAGCAGAUAGUCUUCUCACCAGACUGUAAAUAAGAUACAUGACAGAGGUCGGGGGAACAAAACACGAAAAACUGAACCAUAAACUGAUCAGCACUUGUGUUCUAUAUGUGAAUGUGCAAACGCCCCUCUAUUUUGCACUUAACAGAUAUGAAUCGCUGCAUGAUGAUAUAGGAAAAGAAACUGUUUGUAUACCUUAACCUGCAACUGCAAGUUAGUUACUGUACAGACUACUUCUAUAUAUUGCAUUCUGGCCAUUUCUGAAUAUGUUGACAACUAGCCGUUACAGGGCUUGUAAAUGUAGUGUAACCUUGGAAACAAAAUGAAGGCCAUUUUGUUUCCAUUCAGUUAAAGUUCAUUUAUUGUC